CACGUUCCAUUAUCUGAUGAACUGAAAAGGUGAGCCUUUAUUUUCCUUCUAUUUCUUUUUACCCUGCAUUACACCCACAUCAAUUAUCACGGUGAGAUGAUGAUAAAAUUUUUAACUCGUAGCCACUGGCUGUGAAGAUGAAAACGCAACAACAACACUCUAAUUUUUUGCUGACACCGUCUUGGCUCUCUUGCUAUUUGACAUUCAAUUCCUUGGUGAUCUUAAAGCUAACAACUCUGUCAAGUUCACAGGUUCAUUGUAGCCCGGUCGUCGUAAGAUUCAUGCGCUGGUCUAUUCCAUCGGAGAUAUCUGUCUUGGGAAUCGGAUUGCGUAGUGAUGCAAGAAGCGUAGUAAUUCAGGCUGUUGUUUUUGGUUAUGGAAGGGGGGAUGGCAUCACAAUCUUUACCAUGUCUCUGUUUUUUGAAUGAAACUCAAUCCACAACCCUCAUUUCACGUAUCCUUUUUUGCGAUGUAAAC